CUCUCUGUGGUUCGAAAACAACGGAGCAACAAGAUACCUACAGCAAGUAACCAGAUACCUAUAGCAAGGCAACCCCACUUUCGCAUGAGAGGGAGAAGUUGAGCCUCAUAAACAAACUAAGCUUCCCAAACAGAAUCUCCUCUCAACGCAUCCUUCUAAAGACACCGAAACAACACACACACACACACAACACAAUGGGCUGCUCUAUCUCCAUCCUUGAACUGGAACAAAAUGGCAUCAUUGCCGAUAUCCUUCCCACUGGGGAGUUCGUCCAAGUUGACUCUGGAAAUACUGUCACGUUCUUUUGCCGACAGGAAGGCGCCACCCUACUGGAUGGCUUUGACUAUCCGGUCCCGAACGGUGUCUAUCAGUAUCACUGUCCCGAAGGCCUGGACGAUUACACAUUCAGCCAUAUUCAAGAGACGCUCCGCUGUCAAGGACCACCCACAGAAUCACCAACUUCAGCACCUACCACAAUAGCCCCAACUUCAGCACCUACGACCAGCUCGGCACCUUCUGUUGCCCCAACAACCGCUCAUCCCACGACUCUUGCACCUUCUGCCAUUCCUACAACUUUGGCACCGCACUCUGACAGGAUUUCAACACCCUCAGGCUGCAUUAUCCCAGCCAUGGCAGGCAUUCAGGGUUUCCAGGCAGCUUCCAGUCCAGACCAAGUGGAGAUUGUUCGAUUCCCAAUCAGUAAGAGUAAUGGUUCCGAGUAUUACACGCUUCACCCUCAUGACACCAUUAUUUUUGCCUGCGAACAGGACAGCCAAAGGAUGAAGAUCAAUGGGGAAGCAUUGGAACCUCGCUCUGUGAACUUUUACCCCUACACAUGCUUGGUAGAUGGAUGCGGGGAACAAGAAGCCAACAUUGAUCUUUCGCUAACUUGCGAAGACAGAGGCACAUUGAGAAGACUUGGAAGCUCUCGUGUUGUCAUGCAUUAGUUAGAACAAACCAUAGUUAGUCAAGAAUUAGAAGUAUUCAUUAUCGUAAAUCACUUCU